AUGGGUGAACUCCGACUGCUGACCGUUCUGAUCGCGUCUGCGAUCUUGGCCCCUUCGAUUCCGGGCAUUUUGGCCAAUGGUUGUGGAUCGCGGCUCCAGUUGCGAUCCCAAAAAGAUGCCAUAGAUCUCAGUCGGCUGAGCGAGAAGCAGUUGCAACUGCUCGUGCAGCAGUUGUCUAGCUUUAAGCCCAAGAAGGACGAGGACGCGGAUGAGGAUGAGAAUGAGAAUCAGCCAGAGGAGGAGGGGGAGGUCGACCGGGACGACUUGGAGGACCCCGAAGAUGAUCGCCGCGGUGGAAGUCGCCCGUGGAACAGAGUGCAGCGCAUUAUCCGGCGGCAGCUGGUGAAGAUUCCCAGAAGAUAUCUCAAGAAGCUGCUCAGGCAGUUCGGAUUGGCCAGGAGUAUCGGAAAUGGUGGUGUCAGGAGCCCGGAUAUCGCAGGUCCCCAACUGGAGGAGUACUACCUCAUACCAAUAGAGUGA